CUGGCCAGGUAGGCCAUUGUGUUGAGCCUGGUACAAGGAGCCAGACAGAAAAUAGAUCUGUAGCCGUUAACUACAAUUUAUUCCAUUGCUGCCGGGAUAAAAGGCAUGGAGUGAACGUCCCAACUUUGACUCCAGAGUACGAUGGUAGCUGAAACGUGUGCCGUCUGCACGCAACCCGCCAAACAGCGGUGUGGUGGGUGUCACGUGACGUACUAUUGUUGUCGAGAUCAUCAGAGAUUGGACUGGAAAGGACACCGCAGCCAAUGUAAACCUUUCAAGGUUGCGGAGAACAAGGCGCUGGGCCGGCACUUGAUUGCGACGCGGGACCUCAAGGUUGGGGAGGUUAUCCUAACGGAGCAGCCUCUAGUGGCCGGACCCUCACAAGUGACCCCGCCUAUCUGCCUGGGAUGCUACAAGCUACUCACAGAGCAGAGCGCACGCCCGUGUUGUGAAUGUGGCUGGCCGGUGUGCAGCGAGAAAUGUGCACGCGCACCUGCACACCGCGCGGAAUGUGACAUUACCAAGAUGAAGAAGGGAUCAAAGGUUACAGUACGGAAUUUCCUGCAGACGCAUCCAAUUUACCAGUGUGUGAUGGCUCUCCGUUGUCUGCACCUCCGAGACUCGAACCCGGUAAUGUGGGAGCGACUACUGUCACUGGAGUCGCACUGUGAGGAACGCAAAAAGACGCAGCGCUACGAGGCAGAUCGCACCACUAUCGCAGAAUUCGUGCGCCGCUUCUUCUGUCUGCAGGACUUUGAUGAAGAAGAGAUCCUACGAAUAUGUGGAAUUAUACAGGUGAAUGGGCAUGAGGUGCCGGUGACGGACCCCCCACAUGUAGCGGUGUAUGACGAGGCGUCUUUACUGGAACACAGUUGCCGACCGAACUGCGCCAAGAGCUUCAGUCCUGACGGCGGUUUGAUCAUUCAUACGGUGGAGCCCGUUCUCAAGGGCCAGCACCUGUCCAUCUGCUACACGGAUGCAUUGUGGGGAACCGCAAACAGGCGCCACCACCUCGCAGAGACCAAGUUCUUCUGGUGCAGCUGUGUUCGAUGUGCUGACCCAACAGAGUUCGGAACCUACUUCAGCGCAAUUCGAUGUCUCAACAAGCUAUGUGAGGGUUACCUGCUGCCUGAAAAAAGCCUUCUGGAAGAGUUUGAUGCGGAGAGCGUCAGUUGGCAAUGCAACCGAUGUUCAGCGUCAGAGCCCUCGGGCAGGGUGUUUGCCAUCCUGGAGCGAGUUGGCGUGGCAUUGAGCAGGAUGCAGAAGGGAGACCCGGAGGUGUGUAAGCGCUUUCUAGAAGAGUACGCUUCGGAGCUACACCCGAACCACUACUAUCUUACGGAUGUGAGAAUAGCGCUUGCGCAGCUGCACGGGCAGACAGGCGACACAGGCCUGCCUGGCGUGUCGGAUCACGACCUCAGCGAGAAGAUCUCCCUCUGCCGGAAAGUUCUGGCACUCAUCAAUGCGCUAGUUCCCGGGGAACACAGGAUACGAGGCGUACUGAUGUUUGAACUACAUGCAGCUGUAGCCGAGGAGGCUAGGAGGGCUUCGAACCAGGGUCAGUUGGACCCCAUCGCUCUGCGGGACAGUCUGCUCGAAUCCAAGAGGCUGCUGAUGGAAGCAUCCUUGCUUCUGCGCCACGAGCCAGAAACACUUCCGGAAGGAAAGAUCGCGCUGCAGGCCAGGAGAAACUUGGCAGAUAUGAACCAACUGCUGCAAAAUAUCCACGCUUCCAUCGGAGAUAUGCCACUUUAGCGCAAACUUCGCAGUUCCACAAGAAGUACGGCCUGGACCCAGCGGGAUGCACGCCUACAUCAUAUUCGGGAGGUCCUGGGUUCACGGCCCCUAGACGGGCUAUCCCGAUUGUAAUUUUCGUGGUUUAGCUCAGUACCUUCAGGCAAAUGCUCAAACAGUACCUAGAUUUGACCGCAAAUGCUUGCUUCCUAAUCCUUUCAACCUCACCACUCACCCGUCACCUGACCGUUCGACGGUAUACAGAUGUCCGAUGACUUUUAUGUCAUAUACUCAGGUUGUGAUUCCUGAAGUACAUAGCUUAAAUACUAACAGCGUCAUAAUAUAUAUACCUCGCACAAAAUUGAUUGAAUUCAGGCAAAAGGUCCAGUUUUCGAAUUCGGGUUUCAGAUUCUUAUAGAGGGUCCAUGAGAAUUUUUGAGAUAUGUCGCUGUGUACUCACUCACUCAUGGAGCUGAGCCCUUCUGGAGGAGUCGCCAAUUCUGAAGCUACUUAAGAAUGCCCCAGCA